CAAAUAGUUUGCUAAAAGCCCAUUUUGUGCGAACGCAGCAAACCAUUGGAUCUUGCGUGACUUUCGCGAAUUUGCAAUCUCCCACAAGACCCGCAGAUCCUUCUUUAGGAAUCAUAUAUAUCUCUACCAUCUGAUUCGUCUUUCCUUAGUAAAUCAUUUUCUCCCUCUCUCUCUCUAAAUCAUUUUCUCCCUCUCUCUCUCUCUCUCUCUCUCUUAUCACACUGUCAAUGAUAAAGAUUUGGAGCGCUGCAAGCUUUCUGUAAUUGGUAGCAUUAAGAUAAUCAUCUCUCCUAAAAAGAAGUUGAAUUAGGUAGCUCCCAGUUCUAAUUACCAAACCAACCCUGCUCGGAGCUGACGUUUCCAGACUUCUAUAUCAGUGGUUACUGGGACUUUUCCCAAUUCCAGAGGGUAAUAUAGUAUUUGUGCUGUAUCUGUUCAUAUUUGGUAAGCAUCACAUCCAACCUGCUCCAAAUGCAUACUCCACCCGGCACCCACUAUUUUUCUGUUCCAAUUUGAAGAAAGUCUAAAUUGGAUCUUUGGUUAGUUUUGCUUCUGAUCUGUACUUCAGUUCUAUCAUGUCUGUGACCUGUACAUUCCCUCUUUUUUUCCCCUGCUAAUUUUGUCACUGUGAUUACCACUCAUUUAUGUCUUUUUGGGUUCCUUAAUCUGGCAUAGAUACCCUAGUUACACGUCACUGGAAUUGUCUAUCAUUUGUGUUUUUAAGUUCUUAAUCUGCUCAUAGAUGCCAAAGUUUGAAGCUUUUUGUAUAAUUUCCAUUUGUAAGAAGACAAACUAUUAGUUGCUAGAGAGAGAGAGAGAGAGAGAGAGAGGGAUGGCUGUAACUAGGUUUGGUCGUCAACUUCAAGCAAAAGGGUCAUAUGGGUUCUGCGUAAAGAUGACGGCUGUGGGUGUAUUGGGUCUGUGUUUUAUACUCAUUUGGUCUCUAUUUUCCUCUUCUUCUGUGGUCUCUCAAAGGAGUACUUUUGGAGAAUUUUCUGAACCAGUUUCUGCCAAUGGCAAGGUUUUUGAGUCCCAGAUUCGUCCCGGCAAAAACGAACCAAGAAAAAAUCAAGCAAGUAAAGAAAACAAGAAAUCAAAAUUUGAUUUUGAUUUGGGAAAGAGAGACGAGAAAACGGUCAAUGGGUCUGAGUCUUCUGUGAACAAGGGUGGAAAAGAAGCAAGUAAUGAGGAAAAGGAGGAAAAGGGAAAUGAGUCGGCUGAAUCUGACGGUGAAGGGUUGCAAAAAGUGGACGGCGGAGAAAAAGAGGAAGUAGAAGCAAAUGAUAAGGAACAAGAAGAAGAUGCAGUAGACGGAGAACGGCAAUGGAAUGAGAAUUCAGAAGAGGAUGCUGAAUUGAUCGACGGCGUUGAUGUGGACCAGGAAGCUUUGGAAGAUGGGAGCGAUGAGUCAAAAAGUAAAGGGAAGAAGAAAGCGAAAACCGGUCCCUUAUUUGAUCCGAAAGCCCAUUAUACAUGGAAACUAUGUAGCACAAGAAGCAAGCAUAAUUACAUUCCUUGUAUUGAUGUUGAAAGUGCUGGUGGAAGACUGCAGAGUUAUCGGCAUCAUGAGAGAAGCUGUCCUAGAACUCCUCCAAUGUGCCUUGUUCCUCUUCCCCUUGAUGGGUAUGGGACUCCAGUAAGAUGGCCAGAAAGCAAAUUAAAGAUAUUGUACAAGAAUGUGGCACAUCCAAAAUUAGCUGCCUUUGUCAAGACGCAAAGUUGGGUGGUGGAAUCCGGAGAAUAUCUCACUUUUCCCCAGAACCAAACGGAAUUGAAGGGUGGGGUUAUGCACUAUCUUGAAUCGAUCGAAGAGAUGUUACCAGACAUUGAAUGGGGGAAAAACAUUCGCCUAGUAUUGGACAUUGGAUGUACAGAUUCAGGCUUUGCUGCUGCUUUACUUGAUAAGGAUGUUUUGACACUUACGCUAGGCUUGAAGGAUGAUCUAGUGGACCUAGCACAGGUCGCUCUUGAACGUGGUCUUCCUGCAGUAGUCAGCCCUUUUAAGAAUAGGAGACUUCCUUUCCCUAGUAUCGUUUUUGAUGCUAUUCAUUGUGGUGAAUGCCACACACUUUGGCAUUCUAAUGGUGGAAAGCUGCUUCUAGAGAUGAAUAGGGUCUUGAGGCCUGGUGGGUAUUUUAUUUUGUCAACUCAACAUGACAGCAUCGAAGUUGAAGAAGUUAUGUCCAAUCUGACAGCGUCUAUUUGUUGGAAUAUCCUGGCUCAUAAAGCCGUUGAAAUCAGCGAUGUUGGAGUCAAAAUUUAUCAGAAGCCAGAAUCAAAUGAUAUUUUUGAGUUAAGAAGAAAGAAAAAUCCCCCUUUAUGCAAGGAAGAUGAGAACCCAGAUUCUGCCUGGUAUAAUCCAAUAAAAAGUUGUUUGCACACCAUCCCUUCUUCUAUUGAACAACGUGGGACAGAGUGGCCUGAGCAAUGGCCCAAGAGGCUGGAAACUUAUCCUGACUGGAUGAACAACAAAGAGAAACUGAUUGCAGACACUCUGCACUGGAAAGCUAUUGUUGACAAGUCUUACCUCGCUGGUAUGGAUAUUGAUUGGUCGAAUAUCCGGAAUGUAAUGGACAUGAAAGCCAUAAAUGGGGGAUUUGCCGCUGCCCUCUUGCAAAAGGAGGUUUGGGUGAUGAAUGUGGUCCAUGUGCAUGCACCAGACACUCUUCCCAUAAUAUUUGAGCGUGGUCUUGUUGGUGUCUACCAUGACUGGUGUGAACCUUUCGGUACUUAUCCUAGAUCGUAUGACCUUUUGCAUGCUGAUCAUCUCUUCUCAAGACUUAAGAAAAGGUGUAAGCAGCCUGUAGCAAUAGUUGUGGAGAUGGAUCGCAUCGUAAGGCCAGGUGGUUGGGCUAUUAUACGCGAUAAGGUGGAGAUUCUUGAUCCACUAGAAGGGAUUUUCAGAAGUUUGCAUUGGGAGAUCCGUAUGACCUAUAAUCAUGAAAAAGAAGGUAUCAUGUGUGUCCAGAAAACCAUUUGGCGGCCUUGAAACUCAGUUACGCUUCCUGCGUUGAUUGACAGUAGUCUCUUGGAGAAAUGAAAAACACUUGUACCUAGCAGCAACUGCAGUAAUCAACUCCUUUCUAUUAUUUUGCUUCAUUUCUUGGAUGACCGUGUUCUUCAUUAGGUAUAUAUAAGCAACAAUGCAGUUUCAUAUCC